CCGCGGAGAGGCGCAUCACCCACCAUGGCGGCCCAGGUCAGCAAGAAGCGCAAGUUCGUCGCCGAUGGCGUCUUUUUCGCAGAGCUCAACGAGCUGCUGACGCGUGAGCUGGCCGAGGAUGGCUACUCAGGCGUGGAGGUGCGCGUCACGCCGAUGCGCACCGAGGUGAUCAUCCGCGCGACCCGCACGCAGAACGUGCUCGGUGAGAAGGGCCGCCGGAUCCGCGAGCUGACUGCCGUCGUGCAGAAGCGGUGGAAUUUUUCAGAGAACUCCGUGGAGCUGUACGCCGAGAAGGUGAACAACCGCGGGCUGUGCGCGGUGGCGCAGUGCGAGUCGCUGCGCUACAAGCUGAUCGGCGGCCUCGCCGUCCGCCGCGCGUGCUAUGGCGUCGUGCGCUUUGUCAUGGAGAGCGGUGCCAAGGGCGUGGAGUGCUGCGUCUCUGGCAAGAUCCGCGGCGCGCGCGCCAAGUCGAUGAAGUUCACCGACGGCUACAUGAUCAAGUCCGGCGAGCCCAAGCGGCAGUACAUCGACAUGUGCGUGCGGCACGUCGCUCUGCGGCAGGGCAUGCUCGGCGUUCGCGUCACCAUCAUGCUGCCGCACGACCCGACGGGCAAGACCGGCCCCAAGACGCCGCUGCCCGACCAGGUGCUGGUCCACGAGCCCAAGGAGGAGGCGUACGUGGCGCCGACCACCUCUGUGGAUCCCACGAAGUAGUGUCCCUUCAACCCCCGUCUUGUGUGCGCGGCCUCUGCGUCUCUGCGGCAGCCGCACCGCACAGGCCCCUUCAGCCAUGUUGCGCCCUUGCGCCCUCGAGGCUCGGCCUGCCGUGGUGUGUUGCUGCGAGUAGUCGUAGCGGAAGCAUACAUGUGUAACAAGAAA